AUGGAGUGCGUCGGGCGCAUCUCGCAACUUUCCGCCCAUAUCCUUGCAGAACAGCACCGCACGUCAUGCUUCAUCGUUAUGAUACGCCAGAGAUGGGCUAGGAUCAUUCGAUGGGAUCGUGCUGGGGCUGUCGUCACUCGCGCGUUCGAUUAUAAGGCGACACCUCAUCUCUUUGAAUUCCUCUGGCGCUACAAACACGCGAAUGCUAUGGAUCGCGGCGUCGACACUUCCCAUACCACCGCUACACAAGGAGAAGAAGCGGCGUUCAAGGAAGCUGUUGAGAACCAUUUGAGGGUUCAAAUCUUCGACGGCUUAAUCACGCCGGAGGAACAGGGGAGCUUCAGAGAAUAUGUCACAGAGCAUUACGAGCCCGGCAACGUCACAAAGCUGGCCGUGUGCGACGAGAGGAGCAAAAUUAUUCAACACUAUCUGGUCUCCAAGCCUACCAGCCUGCCUGAAUACGCAAUAGGCAUGUCCACACGAGGUUAUUGGGCCGCCAAGUCAAACUUGAAUGGCGACGGUUGGGAGAUUACCUUCCUCAAAGAUACAUGGCGGGACGACGAAGAUGGCGCAGUCAAAGAAGGCACAAGAUAUGAGCUUUUGACCGCAAAUUGCGCGCAAAAUGUGCCGACCGUGUGUGGCCACGGAAACGUCAGGCAAAGAGACUCUGCAGAUACAUUCCCGUGCCUUGGAGACACCUUUGAUAACGCCAAUGCGUUAUUUUCAGGCCAGAAGACUGUAACCCAGAAUUACGUGACGGCCGACUGGUCUGCUAGGGCAGGCAGAAAAGUCAUGCUCAAGGCCUACACGCAUUAUCGCCUCGUUUUGGAGCAAGCCGCAGUGACGUUGAAUGACUUCAAGGACUCCCGGGAAUUGUUUACUGCAGUUCGUGACGUGAUUGAUGCUCUUCGAAGCGCUCGUGACAUCCAGUUACUUCACAGGGAUAUCAGCCCGAUCAACAUUCUCCUCUUCCGCAAAGCCAGAGGGGAGCGCAGAUAUGGACUCUUGGCCAACUGGGAUGUGUCUAGCACUACCAAUGAUUGUGGGCUUGCGAAUGAUACAUCUUCAACAGGGACUUGGCCUUUUCUCUCCGUAAAGGCUGCUCGGGGCUUGCCUGGUUUCCGUCAUACUCUCCAGGACGACACCCAGUCCCUACUUUAUGUUCUGUUGUACUGUUGCAUGACCCUCCUUCCACAUGCAGAUGUAAAUAACCUAGGACUGGAAGUGGCCGACUUCUUUGAUGAGAUAAACAGUGGAGUCCUCUUACGGAGGCGAGGUUUGACCAAGAAAAGCUGGAUCCAUGACUUUCACUUCGCAGAAACAAGCAUUGAGUCAUAUCACUUUGAGGAAGGGGUAGAACGAUUCCUCAAGGCAUUCUUCAAAGUCCUAUACGACCUCUACUUCCAGGAACCUAGGUCCUAUUUGACACUUCCCUAUGAGGCAUCAGACUUUGACUGGGCAAUAAAGAAAUUGGCGCAAGUCUUCGAUGACAUUUUAGGGAAUCCAACUUCAUUCGUGGAUUUGAAAACCGAUAAAUGGCUUUCGGGGCUCCAAAAGUAUCGGGAGAAACUUGUCUACGCUGCACACGAUCUUUUACAAUCCAACCUGUCAAAGAAGCGAUCCCUGAUGGACGACUUGGACAUAGAUGAAUGUGGCAGCAGCUGUGACAGCCUGGAGAUGCCAACGUUACCCGAACGCAAGAAGUUGAGGUACGGUAUAUCCGGAUUAAUCUCUCCAGCUUAA